AUGGCGGCAGACUUGGAGCGAAGUUCAUCUAACAAAGCGGACGUUUGCCAGGCUGAGAACGUUAAAGAUGCCGCAAAUGUGUCCGAGAAGUAUGGAGAGACCAUGGAAAGAUUUGCCCAUCUUGACGAGAAGAAGAUUUUGCGCAAAUUAGACUUGCGCAUUAUUCCAAUGUUGACGCUUCUCUACCUUCUUUCCUACCUUGAUCGCGGCAACAUCGGAAACGCUAAGAUCGAGGGUCUCGAUGUUGACUUGGGUCUAACCCCAGACCAGUAUAACUGGUGCUUGACUGUGUUUUUCUUCUCUUAUUCUGCUUUCGAAGUUCCCAGCAACAUGGUGCUGAAGAAGCUUCGUCCAAGUGUGUGGCUGCCCUGCAUCAUGGUCGCUUGGGGGACUGUGAUGACACUUAUGGGGUUGGUAAAGGACUAUCAUGGUUUGCUCGUGGCCCGAAUAUUUCUCGGAGUGACUGAGGCAGGGCUAUUCCCUGGAGUUGCAUUUUAUCUGACUAUGUGGUAUUGUCGACAUGAAAUGCAACUACGCCAGGCCCUCUUCUUUGCUGCUGCGUCUGUGGCUGGAGCAUUCAGCGGACUGCUCGCCUUUGGCAUUGCUAAGAUGGACGGAGUGGGAGGUCUGGCCGGGUGGCGCUGGAUCUUCAUUCUUGAGGGCAUCGCGACAGUAAUUUGCGCAGUGUUUGCAUUCUGGGGAUUGUACGACUAUCCGGAGACGGCAAGCUUCCUUAGCGAUGAUGAGAGGGAAUUCGUCAUCUACCGGCUACGAUAUCAGGGAGGCAUGGUUGGUGCCUCGAGUGAGGAUGUGGAAACUCGCGUCCCAGAGGACCAAGAGUUCAAGUGGGUUUAUGCCAGGCAAGCCUUUGGAGGUUUCCAGGUCUGGAUUAUGAUCAUAGCCUAUUGGGCGGUUGUUUGCCCUAUUUUUGGUAUCAGUCUCUCAUUGCCCACGAUCAUCAGAGACCUAGGUUACCAGCGCCAGACAGCUCAGCUAAUGACUGUUCCCAUCUAUAUCGUCGCUUCGAUUUUCGGGGUUGUCAUCGCAUAUUUUUCUGAUCGGGUCAAGCUUCGUUCCCCUUUCAGCAUUGGCUGUCUAACCCUGACUGUGGUAGGACUGACCAUGUGUCUUGCUUCCACAAAUCGACAUGUGCUGUAUGCUGCACUGUUCCUCGCAGCCAUGGGCAUGUACGCUGCCUCAUCCGGUGUCAUCACCUGGCUCGCAGUGAAUCUGAGUGGGAGUUGCAAAAGGAGCAUUGGUAUGGCAAUACAAAUCUCAGUCGGUAAUCUUGGCGGGGCCAUGGCCUCAAACUUCUAUCGUGCCAAAGACGCGCCGCGCUACAUUUUGGGACAUUCUCUGUCUUUGGGAUUUGUUAUCGCCGGAAUUCUGAGCAUGGUCAGUCUCUUGGUCACGUACAACGUAAUCAACAGGAAGAGAGAGCGUGCGCUUAGGGAAGGCAAGAGGGCAGAAUAUUCCGAGGAGCAACUAUCUUUCUUGGGGGAUAAGGCUAUUACCUGGCGAUAUAUGUACUGA